CAGUGCCGCAGCAGAAAAGCUUCGUGUUUGACAGCAAACCAAAAUAACCCGCUCUUCAUGCCACUUUAGCAUUAUUUUAUCGGGUUUGUCUCGUCUUUUUAACCAACAUUUUUGAACAUGUUCAUCACGGACAUCAGAAAGGAAUUUUAUGAAGUUGUUGCCAACCAGAGAGUCGCACUCCUGGUAGCAUCCGACAUCGACGCUCUCUGCGCCUGUAAGAUACUGCAGGCGCUGUUCCACUGUGACCAGGUCCAGUACACACUUGUGCCAGUUACAGGCUGGCAGGACCUUGGCACUGCCUUCCUUGAGCACAAAGAGCAGUUCCGGUACUUUGUUCUCAUCAACUGUGGAGCAAAUGUUGACCUUCUUGAGAUGCUGCAGCCGGAUGAUGACUCCAUCUUCUUCAUCUGUGACACUCACCGGCCUGUAGAUGUGGUCAAUGUCUACAAUGACACCCAGAUAAAGCUACUAAUCAAACAGGAUGAUGACCUUGGGGUGCCCUCAUAUGACGAUAUCUUUCGAGAUGAAGAUGAUGAGGAAGGAGAUGACUCUGGAAAUGAGAGUGAUGAAGGCUCAGAGCCAUCAGGGAAACGGAGGAGAUUUGAUGAAGGGACAGUUGAGAGGAGAAUUGAAAGACAGCGAGCGAGGAGGGAGUGGGAGGCACGAAGGAGGGAAAUCUUGUUUGACUAUGAGCAGUAUGAAUUUCAUGGGACUUCUGCUGCAAUGAUGUUUUUUGAGCUGGCGUGGGUGUUGACUAAAGACACCAAAGACAUGCUCUGGUGGGCUGUCAUUGGGCUGACAGACCAGUGGGUUCAUGAUAAAAUCACACAUAUGAAGUAUGUAACAGACAUAGCCACGAUGCAGCGACACGUUUCCCGGCAUAACCACCGCAAUGAGGAUGAGGAGAACUCUCUCUCCAUCGACUGUAUGAGGAUUUCUUUUGAAUAUGACCUCCGUCUAACCCUCUACCAGCACUGGUCCCUGUAUGAGAGCAUCUGUAAUUCCUGUUAUACGUCAUGUAACUUCAAGCUUUGGACGUUAAAUGGUCAAAAGAAACUCCAGGAGUUCCUUGCUGACAUGGGGUUACCUCUUAAGCAAGUGAGGCAGAAAUUCAACUCCAUGGACAUGUCGAUCAAAGAGAACCUCAGGGACGUCAUUGAGGAGUCUUCGAAUAAAUACGGUAUGAAGGACAUUCGCAUCCAGACGUUUGGUGUUCACUUUGGCUUUAAGAACCGCUUCCUGGCCAGUGACAUGGUGCAUGCUACUACCGCCUUGCUGGAGAGCACUGAGAAAGAUGAGAGUGACAGUGACAACUUCAUCAAGGCUCUGGACUCUCUUUCCAGGAGUAACCUCGAUCGUCUACAUUCAGGCAUUGACCUGGCUAAGAAGAAGCUGAUAGCCAUCCAGCAGACUGUGGCCAGCUGCAUCUGUACCAACCUCAUCCUGUCUCAAGGACCCUUCCUCUACUGCUACCUCAUGGAGGGAACACCUGAUGUGAAGCUCUUUUCUAAACCCAUGGCCUUGACUCUGCUGUGCAAGUACCUCUUGAAGGCUUUUGUCCAUUCCACGAGGAAUAAGCGCUGCAAACUACUCCCCCUCAUCAUGGCUGCUCCCAGGGACGUGGAGAAGGGAACUGUCAUUGUUGUGGGAAUCCCACCUGAGUCUGAAACAUCUGAUAAAAAGAAUUUCUUUGGUCGAGCAUUUGAGAAAGCAGCAGAGAGCACCAGCUCCAGAACUCUUCAUGACCACUUCGACACUUCAAUCAUUGAGCUGAAGACAGAGGACAGGAGCAAGUUUCUGGAUGCACUCAUCACCCUCCUGUCAUGAGAGGAAAUGUGAGCACGAGUUUUGAGAUUGAGUUCUUGCUUUGUCUCUCGAACACUGAGUGCUGCCGCUGUUCAUGUCUUUGUUAGAUGUGACUGAAACUAAUCAGUCACAGCAGACGUGCAGUGUCACCUGUACGAGAACUUUAUCCAGGUUUUAAAAUUUUUAUUGGUUUUGUGUGUGUAUAUUGUACAGUCUUUUUGUAAAUGUGUGGGAGUCUUAUUUUUGCUUUUAAUUUCAUGUAACAUUCGGCUUUUAUUCCUGUCUAUGUAUGUGAGUGCGUCAUCACAUUUUUACAUUUUAAACAUGUUUAAUAAAUCAUAGUAAGUUACUUAAAUUCUCUGUUUGCCUGUAGUCGUGAGAAGCAGCAUGUUGCAGUUAUUGUUUCAGUUG